CACGCACAGUGAGAGAGAGAGAGAGAGGGUGACACAUUCAGACUGCGCGCACGCCCAUCGAGCAGUAGAAUAACGCGCUGUGACAGAUAAACAAUGAGGAAGGAGCCGCUGCGGUUGAGGAAAUCAUGCACAUGUUUGAGGAUUUAAAUCAACAUUCGCACCGUUUCUCGACAAGCGCGCGGACGACGCGCGCUUUGUGAGGGAGCGAUCCGCAGCCACGCAACAUGAUCUUUAUUUCGGAAUCGGCGCCAGGCGAAGAGGAGGGUCACUUUUGAGAUGAACUGUAGACGUUCACACAAAAACAACCCCGUCUGACGUUUGUUGUGUUUUUCUCUUCUUCUUCUUCUCUGCAAGACUGAGGCUUUUGUGGUUUUGAGAGGACGUUUCGUAAUGAUUUAAAACUGAAAGGAAGGAAGGAUUUUUUUUAAAAAAACCUACAGCAGUCGCCUGCUUCUCGUUUUCCUGGUUGGUGGAGUGUCAGAAUAGUUGUUUUUCCCCCCUGCUUCUUCUUCUUUCUUCUCGCCCGAAUGGUUUGACUCGUGAUUUUUGGGUGUUAUUGCUGGGAACCCGCUUGACUUUGUCCACCAGGAGCAACGCAGAACAAGGAGGGGGUGGAUCUCUUUCUUUAUUUUUUUUCGUCCCUUUCUCUCUCUCCUUUUUUUUAAUGUAAAGCCAUCGGGAUCCUCGGAUCGCUUGCUCCAGGAGCAACAGAGGGAUUACAUAUUUCCUCCUCGCAGCGCCCUGUUUUGUGCGAGCCAGACUGGUUUACAUUGUGAGAGAAACGGCUGUGGCAAGAGAAAGAAGGGCUAUAAAUAGCGCAUGCAAUUCUCGAAAACUAUCACAAGUGGUGCAUCAGCUUGUGGAGCGCACGGAAUCAGAUAUCCUGCAUUGCAAUCGCCUUCUUUCUUUUUUUUUUUCUGAUUGAGUUGAUCGUUUUUUUUUUCUUUUCCACCCCCUUGCAGCGUUUCUAUUUAAAGUUUGGACGUGUAGAAUCUCUACAUAUUUGGGUCGCUUCUGAGAAGGGAGGAGAAAAGGAGUGGUUGUUCUCAUGGAUCGGGUUGAUUUAAUGAUGAAACUACACGCGGUGAGACUCGACUUGGAGACGAGCUGAUUUCCCCUCUGUGCGUGGAUUGAAAUGGAUCUAUUCUGUGACAGCGAUCGCGUUUGGAAUCGCCUGACCUGGAUUGUAACAAUGUUGUGAUCUAUCCCCCCCCCCUCCUCCUUCAUCUCCCUCCCUCUCGCUCGCUCUUUCAACACACGCUUGGAUUUAUACGCACGGGCUUUAUGGAUGCAUUGUGCACUUGGUUUUGAAUACGCCCAUUCUCUCACGCCGACCAUCCCGAGUUUAUUAUCCGCGGCUCUUCUGAGACUCGUACGAGGGAAACCGAUUUGUCAGCCCCGAUCGGUGUUUGGAUACCGAUGUAAGGAUUUCGACAUGCCCUGCGCUGGCGACCCCAAAGGCGGACGAUUAUGACUGCAACGGCGAAUUGGGUGGCUAACGGGGCAAGCCUUGAGGACUGCCACUCCAACAUCUUCUCUCUGGCGGAGUUGACGGGCAUCAAAUGGCGCUGCUACAGCUUCUGCAGCGGCGGGGAGUACGGGCCCGUGAUCUCGGCGCCGGCUCAGGAUGACCCGGUCCUGCGCAGCUUCAUGCACUGUGUGCAGGCCAACCUGCUGUGCGUGUGGCGACGCAAGAUCAAGCCCGAUGCCAGGGAGUUGUGGAUCUUCUGGUGGGGCGAGGAGCCCAACCUCUCCAAAGUCAUUCAUCACGAGCUGAAAGUGGCCGAGGAAGGGCUUUGGGAGUGUGGACUGUCGUACGAGUGCAGGACCCUCCUGUUCAAAGCCAUACACAACCUGCUGGAAAGGUGUUUGACGGAUAAGGGGUUCGUGAGGAUUGGAAGAUGGUUCUUUAAGCCACAUGAACUGGAAGAAAAGUCGUUGGGCAGCAGCGAACACCUGUCCUGCUCCUUCUCCUUCUUCCUCCACGGUGAAAGCAACGUGUGCACGAGCGUCGACAUCGUCCAGCACCAGCCUGCCUACCACAUCACAGAGCACCACAUCCAACUCGCACAGACCUCUUCCACUCCUGUGCAAGUGAUCCUGAGUCCGUAUGGCCUGAGUGGGACCCUGACGGGGCAGGCCUUCAAGAUGAGUGACCCUGCAGCCCGGAAGCUGAUGGAGGAAUGGAGCUACUUCUAUCCCAUGGUGCUUCCGCAGAAAGAGGGAAGUGGAGAGAAGGAACAAAAGGAAGCGGGGCAAGCCUACGAUCGCAGCUCUCACGUGGCGGUGGAUGUCAUCGUAGGCGGCGUGAGGAUGACCUACCCAGCUGCUUUUGUGCUGAUCGCCCAGGGGGACCUACCAGUGGAGCAGCCCCCACCUGUUCCUGCAGCUCAGGGCCUCAACAAAGAGCUGAACAACUGCAGCGUGCCGCUGACUCCGCCGACGUCACCAGAGCAGCCCUGCUCCGCGGACAGUGGCUUUGUAACCUCAGCCUCUAACGUCCCAACACCAGACAGCAGCAUGGGGAUCACCACCUUCAGCCCAAAGCAUUCUGGGAAGAAGCUGACCUGCCAGGUGGUUCAACGGGCCUGGAGGGAGUGCUAUCUCAACCAGUGUCAGCGUGUACCGAAUCAGCUAACCGAUGCGAUGCAGAGAAACGAAGUGCCAAACGGAGUUACCACGUGGAACUUUAAUGAUCUUGGGGCAAGAGCACCCUGCAGCUGCUCCAGGUUAAAGCAGCAGAAGCCCAACGUAUCCGCCACACCCACCGCUAACAUUCAACCUUGUCCCAGCUCCUCGUUGUCUUCAGGCCCCUCUUUAUACCCGACCUCCCUGCCCAAACACAAGACAAGCGACAAGUUGGAAAAGGCCGACAAACAGUCCAAGAGGCCGGCUGUAAUUCCCUUUCACCACCGUGCGUCUGUCACAGAGGAGACCCCGUUGGAACAGGACUCACCUGGAGGGCCCCAGCUUGGCGCCCUCGUUGCGCUUGAACCACCGAUGGAGCCCCUCAGCUCUCUGCCAAGCUGCAAGUGUUCCAAGUCCCUUUCCAAUGACAGAAAAGCCCCCGAGUCCCUUCUCCAUUCGUCCAUGUCUCCGCUCCCACCCACUCUCAGCCCGCAUCCCCGGAUACAGGACCCAGAGGUUCUAGAUGCCUCCAUCGACAUGCUCGCGUGUCCCAAUGGGGCCUCGGGGCUGGGGGUGAUUACCAGCGAGACAGCGGUCUAUACCGCUCAGCUGAGGCAGAGGGAGAGUGGGUCUGGCUGGUGGAGAGGCUUCAGGACUCCCAGGACCGAUAAAAGUGACUUCAGGCCCCCUGAACUCCCCGCUGAGAAAUUAGAGCAAAUGGAGACGGAAGCCGCCACUGUGAGAGAUCCAUUCAAAAGACUGUACGCUCAGAGCCACAAGAGAUUUAAAAUCUCAGAAGAAAAGUUGGCGGACCACGUCCACGCUCUGGGCCUGUUCGAGCAGCCGGGCGUAGAGGCGCUGCGAGAGAUCGGGGACGAUCCUUACGACUUCAAGGAAGGAGAAACUGAGUACACAUUUCCCUCUUCCAAGAGGUUAAAGGGUUCAGGGCAAGAAGCCAAGCAGAAGGCCAAGGGAGAAGAAAUCACCAGCAAUGGCUCACUGCCUGAUGGAAAAGAUGCAAUGUCUAUUUUUAACUCUGCUCCAAAAUGUGAUGAUUCGGGUCAAGAUGACGCCCCCUCUAAAACUAAUCCUCCCCUGACUGAAGAGAAAGGUUUGGCAGUCAACAUCUCAGAUCUGGAAAACAUACUCGAUGAAGAGGAUGUAGGGACUGUUUAUCCAAACCAACACUCAACUAAGUUACUAGUGUCAACAGAAGAUCGUCCUGGUGGGAAAGAGGGGAGAGUUAACGUAUCUUAUCCAUCAACAGUAGCAGAUCUCCAGCGAAUGUUCCCCACUCCUCCUUCUUUGGAGCAGCACCCAGCGUUUUCCCCCAUCACGGCGUAUCGAGACACGCCGAGUCAAGAGCCCCCUGCGCCCAGCGGCGUGACGGACUACCUGCCGUCUCUAGCCUCCGCCCAGCUCACCGAGUACGUGAUGGAGAUGGAGGAGGGUGCCGCUAGCCCGAGGCAGGACGACAUUAAGCCACAUAUAGGAUCCUCCAUGUUUGCGCCGCUGUCCUGCCUUCCCAGCCAAACUUUACCGCCACUCAAGAUUCCUGAACAAUGUUACUACCGUCCAUCCUGGGCACUCUUGCCCAAAAUGGAGCAUUUUACGCCAAUCAUGCAUCCACAGAAUACUGCAUUCACCAAGGAUGGAUACACGAACACGCCCAGCCUUAACAACCUCACAGAUCAAGACUAUGUCCAAAUGAGUGUCAACACGGCUUCUGUGAGCACCACUCCCGGCAUCCUUCCUUCUCCGGCCACACCACGCUUCUCUGUGCCCACCCCACGGACCCCACGUACACCCAAGGGUAUCAAUGCUGCAGGCUCGGGGCAGGGCUCAGUGAAGCAGGAUGGCACUGAGCUCAGCUCACCGGUCUCUACCCCCUCCACCAGCCUUCCUCUAAGCUCCGUAGAGCACUUAGCUAGACCGGGGCCCCCCCUCCCCGAGGCCCACAGCCUCUAUGUAGUCCUUCUCCUUUCAGACACCGUCCUCAGCGUCUUUAAGGAUCGUAACUUUGACAGCUGCUGCAUCUGUGCGUGCAACAUGAAUGUCAAAGGGGCAGACGUGGGGGUGUACAUCCCAGACUCCACUUGUGAAGAUCAGUACCGCUGCAUGUGUGGCUUCAGUGCCAUCGUGAACAGACGGCUGGCUCACGGCACGGGCCUCUUCCUGGAGGACGAGCUCGACAUAUUUGGUCCGACGUCUGAGGGAGGUCGAGCGGCCCAGAGGAGGCUUGCUCUUUGCCGACGGGACCCGGCGAUGGACGACUCCAGGGCCAAGCAGUCCCAGGACGGUGGCCCCGGCUCGCCGUCGGUCAUGAUUGUCAUGCAGGAGCAGUGCUCCCAGCCGAUUUCCUCUCUGGCGUCGCUGCACCUUCCAGUAAAUUCUUCCUGCCACGGCCGCAAAGGGGCGCUGCUCCAAAGCUGGAUGUCUGAAAAGCAGUGGGCAGAUGCGAACGAUGCUUGUGUGGACUGUUUCAAUGCUUUGGAGCAGGGGCUGCAGUAUGUGGAUAACCCAACAGGAGGGAAAGUUGAUCUCGGUGUCGUCAGAAGUAGUGCCCUUCAUUCCUGGCCCCACACGAACGUGGUGGACAUGAGCAGGCUGUCGUCGCAGGAUAUGGUUCGAAUGCUGCUGUCUCUGCAGCCUUUCCUGCAGGAUGCCAUCCAGAAGAAGAGGACAGGACGGACCUGGGAAAAUAUCCAGCACGUCCAGGGUCCACUCACCUGGCAGCAGUUUCACAAGAUGGCCGGAAGAGGCUCCUAUGGUUCGGAGGAGUCACCAGAGCCCCUGCCGAUCCCGACCGUACUGUUAGGUUAUGACCGAGAGCGGGAGUUCCUGGCGUUGUCCCCUCUGGCUUUGCCUUUCUGGGAAAAGCUGCUGUUGGAACCAUAUGGAGGACAGAGAGACGUUGCGUAUGUGGUGGUGUGUCCUAACAGCACCUCCCUGCUUGCUGCAUCCCAGGCGUUCUUCAAGGAGCUCAGUGCUGUCUACGAGACGUGCCGCCUCGGAAAGCACCGUCCCUUGUCAAAGGUGUCCAAGGAUGGCCUUGUUCAAGUUGGGGAGGAAGUGGAGCCAGACAAGCUGGAGGAGCUGAAUGUGGAUCAGUGGUUAAGUGGACAAUGGGCUGGACAGCAGCACAAUGACAACGUCAGCAAACUUAAACUAUAUUCUUACGCCUUGAAGGAGCAGUUAGGCCCUCAGCUUGCAGCCCUGACUUUGGAUAGCAGCCUUCUGUUGCCGCCCAAACCUCAGCCUCCUGUAAACAACCCAUCCUCUACCGGGCAGCGCCAGACUUGGAGCGCUGAUGGAGAACAGGCUUCAGGUGUUGUCAGUGCAUCAAAUGCAUCCACCCUCAGUGGGGCCAUCUCCGGUCAGCCCGGGGAGAUAACGCAAGGGGGAGCCAACGAUCCAAAGGGCCUUCCCAGUUCCACACCAGCAGCCAACACACCAGCGGAUACUCCUGAACUCUCCUCGGAGCAGACGAGAAUCGGCAUCCCCACUGAGGCUGACUCAGCGGACAGCAUUGCAAACCCACCAGCAGUUGUUAUUUAUGUCGUCGAUGCUUUUCUCUGCUCGAGUGGACUGAGACAUGAAGCGGGCGAGGAGGAGGAGGAGGGUGAGGAAGUGGAGUCAGGAAGCAUUUGGCUUCUCGGGCUUCUUCACUGUUACACACAGAUGCUGCAAAACCUGCCUGAGACGAUGAGACCAGCGCUGGUUCUACAGGUGGUGCCGUGCCAGUAUCUUCUCCAGCCCGCUAGCGGAGAGAGCCGCCUGUACCUACAAAACCUGCGCUCCCUGGCCUUCUCUUGCUACUCACAAUGCAGACGGCUGCUACCCCAGCAAACAUACAUCAAGUCCCUCACUGGUUUUGGUCCAGUGUCCACUGUCAGUUCAGUAAUGAAGAGCCCAGAGUAUCCUCGGCCGCGGCAGCUGUUUUCACCGCCGUUCAUACUCGGGCCGACCCGUCCAAAGCACCCAGAGCCGGGAGAGAUAUGGGCGGAGGUCCCUCCCAAAUACAACGUGCUCUUUGUAGGAUACUGCCUGUCCCAUGACCAGCGCUGGAUCCUGGUGUCCUGUACAGACCAGCAGGGGGAGCUCCUGGAGACCUGUAUUAUUAACGUGGAUGUCCCCAAUAGAACGAGGCGCCCCAAAGUAUCAGCGAGGAAGAUGGGUCUGCAGAAAGUGUGGGAGUGGUGUAUCGGCAUCAUUCAGAUGACUCCCCUGCCUUGGAGGAUCGUUAUAGGUCGAUUAGGCAGAUUGGGUCACGGGGAACUAAAAGACUGGAGUUCUCUUCUCGGGGAGCAUUCCCUCCAGUCCAUUGGCCGGCAGCUGAGGGAGGCUUGCCGUGUGUGUGGGAUCUCAGCUGCUGACUCUCCCUCCAUCCUCAGUGCCUGCUUGGUUGCCAUGGAGCCCCAGGGCUCAUUUGUGAUCAUGCCAGAUGCAGUUACCAUGGGAUCUGUGUUUGGACGCAGCAACGCUUUAAACCUGCAGACGUCGCAGCUGAACACACCUCAGGAUGCUUCCUGCACACACAUCUUAGUCUUCCCAACUUCUGCCACCACGCAGCUGGCUUCCAGCUCGUACCCUCCAGAAGACAACAACGACGACAUGUUUGAUCUUCCCUUCCCUGAUGAACUGGAAAAUGAUAUUGGGCACGACAUGAUGCUGAUCACGUCACUACACUCACCCCCCAACACCUCUCCCGUGACCUCGCCUGGGUCACCAUCAGGGAUGGGAAUGGGAUCACAUUUUCACCAUACCAGGAGCCAAGGAGAGCGCCUGCUGUCAAGGGACAACCCUCCAGAGGAGCUGAAACAGCAGCCACUUGCUCUGGGCUACUACGUCUCCACCGCUCAGGCAAAUGGACUUCCCCACUGGUUCUGGGCUUCCUGCCCACAAGCUGAGAGCCAGUGCCCGCUUUUCCUUAAGGCGUCUCUCCACCACCACAUCUCCAUCGCUCAGUCAGACGAGAUCACAUCCGAUAAGACCAAGCGGACCCCUCACCCCUUAGACUCAAAGACCACAUCUGAUGUCUUAAGGUUUGUGCUGGAACAGUACAACGCCCUCUCUUGGCUGACAUGCACACCUGCCACACAAGACCGCCAGUCCUGCCUGCCUAUCCACCUGGCUGUCCUGGUCCAGAUGUACAAUGCCAUUCUGAACAUCCUGUAGCUUUGUGGACUAAUGGGAGUCUUCAGAUUUUUUUUUGUGCCUCUUUCUGACCACCAGAGAGCACCAGUGUUCCUCUGUUGCGUUGCAAUAGAAGUGGAUUUCAUGGGCAGGGCUGAAACAGGGAGAGCAAGGUCAGUUGUGACUCUGCCAUGGUGGUGUGCACCUUAGAAACUUUGCAGAUCGGAGUAAAACCAAUGGGUCCAACUUUGCUCAUCCUAAAGAACAUCAUGUCCCUCGUGGGCAGCGCAGAAGCAUCAGAGGACUGGAGUUUUUGGCUGAUUUUGUCCCACCCGUGAAUAAGGGAAUCUGAGCAGGGUCAACAUAACUCCAUACUGUGCAACCAGCAUAUUGCAUGACAACACAAAACACGCGGACUUGUUACAUCAAUGAUGUUUCCAAAGUUCUCCUAAAGUUCUGCACUGCUGAGAUCUCUGGACUUGCAGCUGGUCGCUGAUACCUUUUUCCUGAGGGGGGGGGGGGGAGAGCGUUUGAUAACGCCACUUUUCUCCUCACUUUCCAAAGUGUUGCAGAGACGAACACAAUGGAAACUAUCUGACAAGAAAAGAUGUGUUAUUUAUAUUGUAAGGCGUACAUUUACAAAGAAUUGAGACUUAUUUUUUAAUAAAUAAAAACAAUAAAAGAAGAAACAAAGCCUUUUUUUUCCCCCCAGGUGACAGUUAGUUGUCUUGGGAACCGAAAUAAAAUGUGUCAAUUUAAUGCAAUUGUAAAAAUGCCAUAUUUAUACAGAUUAUAUAAUGUCUAAGUAUUUGAUAUAUAUGAAUCUAAAAAAUAUAUAUAUAAAUGUAAAUACAAAAAUAUAUAUUACCUCUUACAAACAGGCACUUAAUGAUGGGGAUGAGGGGUGGGCAAGAAGUGCGCACAUUUAUGAUGCAUUUUUGUUCUUGUAUUUUCUAAACUAACGGACAUUUUUAUUUAAUCAGUUUAACUUAAAUUGAUGCGGGAAAUACAGUAAGCUGUAUAUUUAUUAAAUAUUCCUAUUCUGCCAAAAAAUGACAAAACUUGAAAUAGACAAUAAAAUAUCCUGGUAUUUCAAAUAGAUCAAAUAUUUAAGAAUUUAUUUCAUUGGCUUUCCUGAAUGGUUUCAAGCAACCCAUCAAAAAGGCUCCGUUUCUUCAGCCUCCCUCAGUCUGCUCUUUAGAGUCCAAGCAUGUUUGUAUAUACACAUUUCUGAUGUGUUUUUUUUUUGUUUGUUUUUUGGUAUUUUUUCAAGAGCUGUACAUUUCAUGAUGGGUGGUUUAUUUUAAAGUAUUUGGUAUCAUUUUUAUAUUAUUUUUGUUUUUGUUUUUGCUGUGACUUUUUGAGAUACGGCAUACAGUGCAAAAGUCAUUGAAUUCCAGCCAGUUGCCAAGUAUGUGUACACAAAUGUACAGACAAGUGCAAAAAUUUGUUACAUCUGUCAUCACUUUGAAUAUCAAACAGAUCAUCUUUGGUGGAAGUGAUCUGUUACUUUUACACUCCUUUUUUAGUAAAUUAUUAAAACUCUUGAGAAUGAA